GCCAAAAUAUUUCACUGCAGUCCCUUGUUCACCCAUUCGCUGUUUCAAUGGGGGAUAGAAAAACCAAAGCAGACCAUUGAUUCCGCGUUGACGUCACGUCGAUGAACGUGAAUCAUUAUUGUCAAAACAUUACCGUGUAUUUUAAAAAAAUACAAGAAAUAUUUUAAAAAUGUCUUCAAUGCGCAUGAAGGCAGCAAAAUGUCCAUCAGAUGAACUGGCAAUUACCAACUGUGCUCUCAUCAACCCAGAUGACUUCCCAAGCGAUGUCAAACACAUUGAAGUGGCUACGGGGCCAUCUCAGCACUUUAUGUUUAGCGUCAGAUUUUAUAGUGGAGUUGACAGGGGUACUGUGGGGUUCUCCGCACCCCAAAGAAAGUGGGCCACACUUUCUAUUGGACAGCCAAUAGAUGUGAAACCCUUCAAGCCACAAAAUGCUGAAUGUCUAUGCAGUGUCACAUUGGAAGCAGAUUUUAUGCUCAAGAAAACGACAUCUCUGGAGCCCUAUGACUCGGAGCAAAUGGCGCGUGACUUCCUCAUUCAGUUUUCAAAUCAGGUUUUCACGGUCGGGCAACAGCUUGCUUUCUCAUUUCAAGACAAAAAAGUACUGUCUUUGAUUGUUAAGAACUUGGAAGCUGUGGAUGUACAAGCUUUAGCAGCCGGAUCCAAUGUGGUACCUCGUCGUGUGAGAUUUGGUCGACUUUUGCCUGAUGCCUGUAUCCAGUUCGAUAAAGCCGAAAGCUCCUCGCUCAAUCUUGUGGGAAAAGCUAAGGGCAAACAGCCUCGCCAGUCUAUCAUCAAUCCAGAUUGGGACUUCGGUAAAAUGGGGAUCGGUGGUCUCGACAAUGAAUUCAACGCGAUCUUUCGACGAGCCUUCGCCUCUCGGGUCUUCCCUCCUGAAGUUGUGGAGCAGUUGGGUUGCAAACACGUAAAGGGUAUUCUGCUAUUCGGCCCGCCUGGUACCGGUAAAACUUUGAUGGCUCGGCAGAUUGGCAAUAUGUUGAAUGCGAGGGAACCAAAAAUUGUGAACGGUCCACAAAUAUUGGACAAAUAUGUUGGUGAGAGCGAAGCCAACAUCCGACGCUUAUUUGCGGAUGCCGAGGAGGAAGAGAAAAGGUGUGGCCCGAACAGUGGUCUUCAUAUUAUCAUCUUCGACGAAAUUGACGCCAUUUGCAAGGCUCGAGGCUCAGUGGGUGGCAACACGGGCGUCCACGACACUGUCGUUAACCAGCUGUUGUCAAAGAUAGACGGCGUGGACCAGCUCAACAAUAUUCUAGUCAUCGGUAUGACAAACAGACGGGAUAUGAUAGACGAGGCCUUGCUCCGACCCGGUCGAUUAGAGGUGCAGAUGGAAAUUGGUUUGCCUGAUGAGAAAGGACGCGUACAGAUAUUAAAUAUUCAUACAAAACGCAUGAAAGAGUACAAGAAGAUUGCGGAGGAUGUGGAUUCGAAAGAAAUAGCAACAAUGACAAAGAACUUCUCCGGUGCUGAGCUCGAAGGUUUGGUGCGUGCGGCUCAAUCUACCGCCAUGAACAGAUUGAUAAAGGCUUCAAGCAAAGUGGAAGUGGAUCCCGAGGCAAUGGAGAAGUUGAUGGUGGAACGAGGCGACUUCAUGCACGCUCUGGAGAAUGAUAUUAAACCGGCAUUUGGUACCGCAGCAGAAGCGUUGGAACAUUUCCUUUCGCGUGGUAUCACAAAUUGGGGCAAUCCAGUCGCGUCUCUAUUGGAAGACGGACAGUUGUAUAUUCAGCAGGCCAGAGCUACUGAAGCUAGUGGUCUCGUAUCUGUGCUCCUCGAGGGACCACCGAACAGCGGCAAAACAGCUCUGGCGGCGCAACUCGCUAAACUGUCGGACUUCCCGUUCGUCAAGGUGUGCUCGCCUGAGGACAUGAUUGGCUUCACCGAAACUGCCAAAUGCUUGCAGAUCAGGAAGUAUUUCGACGACGCGUACCGCUCAACCCUUUCCUGCAUCCUGGUGGACAAUAUCGAGCGUCUAUUGGACUAUGGCCCAAUUGGACCACGCUAUUCAAACUUGACGCUUCAAGCUCUGCUCGUUUUGCUGAAGAAGCAACCACCAAAGGGAAGGAAGUUACUCAUUUUGUGCACUAGCAGCCGACGACAAGUGCUAGAAGACAUGGAAGUGCUGUCAGCCUUUACAGGUGUCCUUCAUGUUCCGAAUCUUUCUCAACCGGAACACGUGAUGGCCGUUUUAGAAGAGAGCGACGCUUUCUCCAAGCGGGACUUGGCGAAGAUACAGAACGACCUUCGGGGCGCCAAGAUUUUCAUUGGUAUCAAAAAGCUGCUGGCUUUAAUCGACAUGGUGAAACAGAUGGACGAGGAUUCGAGAGUAUUCAAAUUCCUUACGAAGAUGCAAGAGGAGGGCGGCCUAGACCUCGGCACCACUAUACAAUAAGAGUUAUUGCAACCUUAGGGAUUACAUACGCAUACCACACGCACGCCCUCACCCGACAUAAAUGCACAUAUCUUUACAUUAAAACCCCAAAUCAAUCGAGCCACCGAGAGCUCACCCUGCGCUUCCGACUUGAGAAGUUACGAGAUCGAUUACGAAGAUGUGAGCGAAUGUACUGACUCGUUCGCGGAUUCUAGUCACCACAAAAUCGGCCGAACUGCCAAGGGCAACGAAAUCUCACCCGCAAAGAUGCCCCUCAUGAGAAUACGGAGCGUCGAAAUCGUGUUUGAAGAUGAACUGUCUACGUGUACUGACACGGGGCUAUUGGAUCGCAGUAUCGAACUCAUUUUGUCCGACAGCGAUGAUUCUACCAAAUGUGUCGAGGAUUUAGAACACUUGCAGCAGGAACGGGACGAUAACGAUUCGGUGACCUUGAACGCAGAAGCUGAUUUGUCGGAUGACAAUUCUUACUCUAAGCACUACACGAAAAAUGUUCGCGCCUCGCAGGAUAAUCGCGAACAAAAUGAAUCUCUGACACUGCCCAACGAUGAUACGCUGUCUCUGAACAUCUCAGAGUUAGGAGACUCUGGCCGUUUCACGGAAGAGGCUUCCUCAUCUCAUAUCGAAGUGCCCAUUAUAAUGUACGACGAUGCUGUGCUUUCUCACUCAUUCGACGCGGUAAACGUUGAUGAAAGCUCCACGAUACAUAGUAUGUACGAGGUAUCUGAGAUCAGCGGGGUGAAUACGGCAAGCAAUCGGCUGUAUGAGUACAUUGAUAGCAAUAGUGACAGCUCUGAUAACACAGCUGUAUGUGACGACGAAUAUCCGUGUGCCAAACCUAUUAUAACUGUACCCAAUACGGACCCCGAAGAUCAGACCGUGUAUGACAGUUACGAUCUACAGUACGACUCGUUUGUUGACAUCGGAAAAUUUUAAAUUAUACCCUAAGUGCUUUUAUGUGCUUAUUGUUUAAUAAUGAAUGCAAUAUAAUAUAUUAUUGAAGUUUCCAUAUGAAUUUUUAACUUACGUUUGAUGUUGUUUCUGCCGUUUUUUUUAUGUAAAGAUAUUGGGUAGGUGUGGGUAUAUAUUACAUUCCACUCGAUUUAGAAUUAUAAACGCGCACCGAGACGGAGUUUUACCUAUUCUGAGCUAUUUAUACACCCUAUAAACCUUCUACACAGCUUGUGCUCGAAGGGCAGAGUGGUAUGCGACUCUAGUAACCAUGUCAUUGUUCUUCCUUCAUUACUAAUUAUUCUUAUAAAAAAAUCUAACCCUGAAGUGUCUUUGUAAAUAUUAUAUUUUAAAUUGCAGUGCAAUGGUUUUUAUCUAUAGUGUCUAAUUUCUAUGCACAAAUGACAUGGUUACAGAAAUCCCAGGGUUGUAUCUCUAGGCAAUAGCUCAAUUUUUUGUAUUAUAUGUAAUAAUAUUAUAUAGUUUUGAAAGCAAUAUAUUUAUUUAUUUUUGUUAUGUAAAUGUGAUACAGCUUGAUGCUGUUUAUUUUAGCUAAAUAAGCAAAUUUAAUUAUUACGAGAAACUUAGAAGUAGCUUGUUGGAAAGAAAAUGCUAUCAAUUCAGUUUUAAACGGAUAGUUAAAGCUGAAUUGACAGGUUUGUAAAGUAAUGAUAACUGUAAAUUAACAGCAUUAUUUUUAGACCUGUUGUUUUAGUUUCCUUAGUUUAAGACUGAAUUAGUAGCAAUGUCAAUAUUAAUCCCCUUGCUAAUAAAUGUUGUAUGGUUGCGGAACGCUUUGACUAUUAACCUACAAUACAAUGUUUAAUAAUAAGGCUAUGAUAAGUGUUUAAUAUUGUAGUAUUAUUAUGGAUCUUGCGAGAACUUGUUAGAAGAGGUAGAAACAUUUGUGUAUUAUGGCUAAAAACCCUAGAAUUAUAGUGAAGAGUACAAUUAUUACUAAUAAAAUAUUAAGCUUUUGAUGUUGUACUUAAAAAUUCGAGGUCUUUGUCACUUUUAAAAAACUACAGCACUGAACGAAUCGGAAACUAAUUCAAUCCGAUGCCAAAUAAACAAAAUCUAUGAAUUAAUAAUAAUUAUGUUGAAAAUUAUAGCUUCUAUUCUACUAAGCAGUGCCUAAAAGGUAUUAUCAUUCGAUCAAAACAACUGUGUGACCAUUAUAUUUUCCUUAUUAUAGUAAUUAUUAUAGUGUAAAAUAUUAGUACAAUCGAUUGUUGCUAGUGCGUUUGCAAUGUGCUUAGAACAUUCCAUACUCGCAUUCAUCGAGCUAUUCAGUCACUAAAUAUUUAAUGUUUUCAAUUAUUAUACUGUCUAUAACAAAUUUUAAAAUAUAUCUGUAUUAUUCAAAUAGUUAUAUGCUUAUAGAUUGAUAAUCUAGUUAUUUGCGUGUUACAAACUAUUGUUCUAAUUAGGUAACUGAGUGAAUAGGUGAAUACUAAGGUGACCAACAUAAAGCAUGAUAACGACCUUACUAUAUUGUUAAUUUUGUAUGAAAUAUAGAAAUGAAAUGAGAAUAUAAUCAAGGAUCAGUUUUUACCUGUGCAUACCUUGAAGAAAUUUAUUUUGUUAUGUUUAGAAUAGUAAUUCUGGACUGAAUUAACUGAUGACGAUGGUUGAUUAUAAAAGUAAGGCCAACAGUCUCACUGGAAGUUAGUUACCUUAGUAAUAUUGUAAUAUAAUAUAGAAACCAAAUCAGCAAAGUAUCUGUAGUUAUUAUAAUUUAAUGUAUUCUCUAUAAUUGGAAUUGAUUAGUAAAUACAAGUUUACAUAGUAAUAUUUAUUUAUCAGAUGAUCUUUGCUGAUGUGAUUUUAUUGUUGGUUUAAAAUAAUGAAAAUACAGUAAUUGACAAACA